AUGCCUUCCAAACCUAGAGUCAUAUAUUGGUUUCGAACGGAUUUGCGCCUCCACGAUUCACCUGCCCUGAAAGCGGCUUUAGAUCUCAAACCAGAGUGCUUGUAUCCCGUAUGGUGUUGGGACCCACACUAUGUCUAUCGCGCCAGAGUUGGACCGAACCGAUGGCAGUUUCUUAAAAUAAACAAAAAGUCCAAGUUGUUCGUUGUAAGAGAGGCGCCCCAGACGGUGCUUCCUAAGUUAUUUAAGGCAUGGAAGAUAUCUCAUCUUGUAUUCGAGAAAGAUACAGAUGCGUAUGCGCGGGAUAGGGAUGAGAGCAUUAACAAGGAAGCGAAGGCCGCAGGUGUAGAGGUCAUCAUGAAGAUGGGCAGAACGUUAUAUGACCCAGAUGAACUGGUAAAGCGCAAUCAUGGGAAGCCUACCAUGAGCAUCAGCCAAGUAGAGAAGGCCGCAGAAAAACUGGAAGUGGCCAAGCCAGUUCCGACUCCUGAAUCUCUUCCGGAUCCAGGGGACACAAACAUCGACUUCGAACCAACGCAACCAUCCCCGGACCCAGACUUCAACGACAUCCAGCGACAUGCGCCGGACAAGUCUUAUCACAAGCUAUCAGGCCCGAAUGGCGACUUCGCCCCUCCAACGAUGAGCGAGCUCGGCCUCAAAGAAGCGACCUCCCAGCACCGUGGCGGCGAGUCCGUCGCCCUCAAGAACCUCGAGAAAAUCAUCUUCGACGCUGACUACACGGCCACAUUCUCCAAACCGCAGACCGCGCCUACAGCAUUCAACCCGCAAUCCACGACACUCCUCUCCCCGCACCACCACUUCGGCAGCCUCAGCGUCCGGCUCUUCUACUGGCGCAUCAUGGAGGUCCUCGAAAAGUAUCCCAAGAACAAACAAUCCACGAUCCCCACGAACCUGAUCGGCCAGCUCCUCUUCCGCGACAUGUACUUCGCCGCCCAAGCCACCCUGGGCUACUCCUUCGCUCAAACGGUGGGAAACUCCCACUGCCGCUUCGUCCCCUGGCAUCUCCCCUCCAAAAUCGAUCCCGCAAACAAUCUCAUCACGGCCUCCUACCACAUCGACAGUGAAGAAGCCGAGAUCUGGUUUCAGCGCUGGAAAUGGGGGAAGACAGGCUUCCCAUGGAUCGACGCCGUGAUGCGCCAGCUGCGCACUGAGGGAUGGAUCCACCACCUCGCUCGUCACGCCGUCGCGUGUUUCCUCACGCGAGGCGGGUGCUACAUCAGCUGGGAGCGCGGGGCGGAAGUGUUCGAGGAGUGGCUCGUCGACCACGAAGUCAGUUGCAAUUCGGGGAAUUGGCAGUGGUUGAGCUGCACGGCGUUUUACGCGCAGUACUACCGUUGCUAUUCCCCUAUUGCUUUUCCGAAGAAGACGGAUCCGAAUGGGGAUUAUGUGCGGCAUUAUGUGCCGGAGCUGCAGAAGUUGCCGGCGAAGUAUAUUUAUGAGCCGUGGAAGGCGCCGAUUCAGGAUCAGAAGAAGGCGGGGUGUUUGGUUAAGGGGGAGGAUGUUGGGGAGGAGGGGGGCAGUAGAGUGUAUCCGAAGCCGAUGUUUGAUUUUAACGAGAGGAGGGAGAUAUGUAUUGAGGCGAUGAAGAAUGCGUAUCAUGUGGGUCUCUAUGGGGAUAAUAAGAAGGUGCUUGAUGGGACGUGGAAGGAGCUUUUUAGUGAUAGUGCGGAGGGACCAACCGAGGGAAAGAAGGAAGAGGGGAUGAAUGGUGCGGAUAGUGAUAUAGGGGAACAUGCAGAUGACGGCGAGGGAGAGGAGAAGAAGAAGAAAGGUGGGCAGCAAAGCCCGAGUAAGCAGACGGCGCAGAAGAGAAAGGGGCAGGGGACUUUAGAUGGGCAUGUCAAUGGUGGGAAGGGCAAGAAGAGGAAAACGUAG